AUGUUAGAGGUUGUGACAAAGAAGAUCCUCGAACUGGAUCCAUCAAAUCCUGCUUAUUUAAUGAUGAUUUCAAAUUUGAAUGCAUCGAUCGGCCGGUGGGAGGAUGUUUUAAGUGUUAGAGCAGCAAUGAAGAAGGAAGGUGUCGAGAAAGUUCCCGGUAGCAGCUCGAUUCAAGUGGAAAAUAAAGUUCAUGAGUUUCUGGCUAAGGACACCAAACAUCAAAAUAGGAUGGAGAUCUUUAUAACUUUAGAUUCUCUCUAUGAUCAGUUGAAAACAGUUGGAAUUAUGGAAAAGAGAGAAAUGGUGCUUCUUGGUAUGGCUUAA